AAAUUGUAAAAAAAAAAAAGAAAAAAAAAAGAAAGAAAUUCGUCCGCAGAAGUCGGGAGUGAGCUUGGAAUGCUUUUGACGUCAGUAGCAGGACAGCGCUUAGAGCGGAUCAGACUGAGGUGACUGCGCGAAUACUGCGGAGAGGGAGAGACGCACUCAUAACAUCGAGCAUCCCUGUUGCCUUGUCCUUUGUGGAGACAUCAGCACACACACACACACACACACACACACAAAAACACGUUCAUAGCAAAGUCUAUACAACAGGGACUAGUUGAAAAGUGUGUUGACCAAUAGCGUUAUUACGAUUUUGACGAUUCUAUCGGCUAGUAUUGUAUUAGAAGGAAGUGCGGAGCUAGUGUCUGGUCGCUCCACUAGCUCGGAGGAUAAAGCAUUUCCCUAGCAAUGGUACUUCAGCAUUAGAGCCUCUUCAGCCCCGCCCUCCCUCUCUUCAUACGAGGCCCCUCAUCCAGACUGAGACUGUCUCCAACACACCACUCCCCUCACCCCGCCCUCGCCCCUCCCAGCCCCGACAUGGCCGCUUCCAAGAGCGGCUACGAGGGCAAGAUCGCCGGCCUCUACGACCUAGACCGCACACUCGGGAAGGGACACUUCGCUGUUGUCAAGCUGGCCCGCCACGUGUUUACCGGCCAGCUGGUGGCGGUCAAGGUGAUCGACAAGACCAAGCUGGACGCGUUGGCAACAGGACACCUGCUCCAGGAAGUGAGGUGCAUGAAGCUGGUGCAGCACCCCAACGUGGUGCGUCUCUAUGAGGUCAUCGACACGGCCACCAAGCUUUACCUGAUCCUGGAGCUGGGCGACGGAGGUGACAUGUACGACUACAUCCUGCGCCACGAGGGCGGCGUGGCCGAGGACACGGCCAAAGUUCUCUUCGCCCAGAUUGUCCGGGCCAUUUCCUAUUGCCACAGGCUCCAUGUGGUCCACCGGGACCUCAAGCCGGAGAACGUGGUGUUCUUCAGGCAGCAGGGGACGGUUAAGCUGACCGACUUCGGCUUCAGCAACCUCUUCAAGCCCGGGACCAUGCUGAUGACCAGCUGUGGCUCGCUGGCCUACUCCGCCCCUGAGAUCCUGCUGGGGGAGGAGUAUGAUGCUCCGGCUGUAGAUAUCUGGUCGUUGGGGGUGAUUCUCUACAUGCUGGUGUGUGGACAGCCCCCUUUCCAGGAGACCAAUGACAGUGAGACACUUACUAUGAUCAUGGACUGUCAUUAUACCGUCCCUACCCAUGUCUCUGCUGACUGCAAAGAUCUGAUCUCCCGUAUCCUGCAAAGGGACCCGUGUAGUCGAGCCUCCCUGAAGGAGAUCAAGAACCACCCCUGGCUGCAGGGGGUUGACCCCUCACCUUCGGGACACAGUGCGGCCCCCUUCACCUCCCACCGUAGCCUGUCCCCAGAGGAGCACGAGGUCAUCCUCCAGGCCAUGACCAGCGGCAACAUUGCAGACCGUGAUGCCAUCCAAGAGGCUCUGGAGGCUGACCGAUACAACCACAUCACAGCCACAUAUUACCUGCUGGGGGAGCGCAUCCUUAGAGACAAGCAGGAGCAGCCCAGUGAAAGGCCCAAAGUUGACAGCGCUUGGGCUGAGCCCCCACAGCUCCACAGGCCCAUGUCAGACCCUCUGGAUCUGGAGGACAGGGGGCUUGGUGGUCUUCUGGCUGGCUGUCCCCGUCGAGGAGUGUCAGAGUCUGGGGACUUCCUGGCCAACCGGCCCCUCCUGCUCCAACCCCAGCCGAGUCGCAAAGAGACCCCCUUCCCCGACUACGGCACAGGACCGAUCCUCGGGUUAAGCCUGCGCCCGCCUCCCCCUGACGAACCCCUGCUAGUCAAGAGCCUAGGAGCCCUGCAGCUCAUAUGUGAAGAGGAGGAGGAUGAGGAGGAAGUCGAAGAGGAGGAAGGCUUGGUAUCGCCCGUCGUGUCAACAGAUCAGUCAGGUCCCAUACACUCAGCCCCAGAGGCCCCACUGAGCCCAGACAGAAUAGUACCAUGUCAAGGAGAGGAAACGGGCCCGCCAGGGACCUCCGUGGAGGAGACAGUGGAGACCCAGAGCGCAGAGGGGGACAGGGAGCCGCAGGACGGGGUUUCCAGCCACAGAGGAGAGCCGGAGCCUAGCCAGAUGGCGACCGGGGAGGAACAGGCUCAGAUGGAGUCAGAGGAGAAGCCAAUGGGGAUGUCAGCUGACCCACUGAGGCCAGGUAACCAUAUGACUCCAGACGGGCCAGUCAGCGCUUUAGAAAGCCUUGUUCAGAACGUGGUGCAAAGUCCGCUCACCCCUGAAACGCCUCCGGCAUGCCCGUCUCGCCUAGGGGGGGUGCAGUGUUGCCUGGGGCGACGGGAUACCCGCAGUCUAGACAGGAUGGAACCUGAGGAAAACGCAUUGCAUGAAAACAACAAUAACACCACGGAGUCCAAGCCCAACCUCCCGGUGUCCGGCCUGGGCGCCUCACCCCACGCCCUGCCCCGUAACCACUGUGUGGACCUGGGCCCGGACGGGGUGGAGAUGACCCGGAAAGUGGUGGGGGGUGGAGGAGGGCCUGAGGGGGACAUGCCGGAGGACGUCCAGUUGGACAGGUCCAACAGUGCACCACAGGGUCACCUGGGGCCCAGGGAGGCGUCGAGCGACCCUACGGUCAGGGUGGAUCCCGGGAAGGCGAAGAACGUGAACCUGCGAGACCGUCUACUGCAGUUCCCCCUCUGUGAGAAGGCACUGUCCUUCAACAUCCAGCCCACCUCCAAGGAGAAAAUCCUGCCGUUUGCCCAGUACAACUGCUGCCACGUGUUGUAGGCCCGGCCGCCGUAGAUACACCUCGGUAUACCUCCCACGUCACUCACUCCAUCCCGUUGGCCACGGGGAACAAACUGAAAGUGUUGGUGGCCCAGAAAGACAGAAGCUACAGCCUCAGACCAAGUCCACGUUACUUAAACACAAAACACCAGAGCAGUCUGACCUAUCAUUCUGCGUCCAACUCGAACUGAAUGAUCUUACGUGACCUCAGACAUUUUCCUGCCUAGUUAUAUAUGUGUAGUCAACUGCUGCUGCUUCCUUUGUGAGAAAAAUGACCUUUUGUGCUGCUAUGUACUGAACUAUACAAACUGCUUUUCGUCAAGUCUUAGACCAUCACUAUAUAGCUUUGUAUUGAUCGCUAUUUUAAAAGCCCUUGUAUCGUAGCUCUACCUUUUGCACUAGCCUAAUACCAACCGAGCCCAUCACAGCAUUUGGUAUGUUGUCACUCUGAGGCCUGCUAGUACCAUGCUGUAAUUGGAAUGUCUAAAAUGACAUGCAUGCAUUUUGUAGAAAUGUCCGCCACACUCUGGGCCUCCGUCACCCGCCUACAUUAGCUCAACUAGCGGACUGACGGAAUGGUUGAUGCUCUCGACAGUGUAGCUGGAAGCAAGGUGUCAUUUAAUGCUUACACACGUUACUUACAGUGUUGGAGCACUAUGGUAUGGUGCAUGCUGAGAAGUGUACAUUAGCCUUAGGCUAUUAACUGACUCAUAAGAGGAAAGCUGUGAAUUUCUUUUUUGGACAGAUUUUAUCAUGAGAAACUUUUUAAAAUAUGAGUAUGAUAUUGGCUACAGAAAUGCAGGUCUUCCAGAUUGUAUAUACUUAAAUUAAAAAUCUUGAAAUUUUAUUCUUACAAAAGCUAUUGACGCCUUUUAUUAUUAUCGGACAACAGUGGAUUUGUCACAGGACAGACAUAGAGAUACAUGACUGUAACUAUUGUUUUGUGCAAUCUAUGUGUGACAUAAUUAGGAGCGAUGACAGAUACUGUUCAUUAACUUAUACGUGUAUUUCAUUUACCACUUCUGCCUCAUUUGGGCCAUUACACAUACAAUGUCUCCUUGUGUAUUAUUGUUGGACUCCCUGGUGAUUUCUGUGUACAAGUUGUUGAGUGUUUUCUGAGAGUACAAUACUGUCUACCUACACAUGGACAUGGAAACAUUCAAUUUUGUCAGAGCUGAAUUAAUGGCACACUUCCAGCUUGUCGUUGUGGGAGAGAGGAGUGCUGUUCUGGAUACAAAACACUAAUCUCAGCUGGCACCCACACUCAGUAUAUAUAUGAAAACCUCAUCUCCUGCUUCUUUCCUCUUCUGUCAUUGGAUGGGGUGGAUCUCCAUUCCACCAACCGGCUGUCUUCUCUUUCACGUCUUGCCUGAUUUGGGCAUUUCUGUCUUUCUGUAGGCCCAUUGACCCUGAUUUCAACAAUGACUAUAUCUCAAUGAGAUUAAUUUAUUUUUGUAUUUAUUUAUUAAAAUUGUAUUAAACCA